AUGGUUAGCAGACCAACCCGUUUGCACAAGAAUCGUAGAUCACGUGGUCACGUCAGCGCUGGUCACGGUAGAAUUGGUAAACACCGUAAGCAUCCAGGUGGUCGUGGUUUAGCUGGUGGUCAGCACCACCACAGAACCAACUUCGAUAGGUACCACCCUGGUUACUUCGGUAAGGUUGGUGACCGUCACUACCACCUCAAGAACAACGUCUACUGGAGACCAGUCCUCAACAUCGACAAGAUCUGGACUUUGGUUUCCGAGCAAGACAAGUCUCAAACCGAGAAGAGCAGCGACUUAGUCCCAGUCGUCGACACUCUCCAUCACGGUUACGGUAAGGUCCUCGGUAAGGGUAGACUCUCACAGCCAGUCAUCGUCAAGGCCAGAUUCGUUUCUGAGCUUGCUGAGAAGAAGAUCAAGGAAGCUGGUGGUGUUGUCGUUCUCACUGCUUAA